AUGAACUUCGUCUACGUCCUUAGUGGUUGGGAAGGUUCAACAUCUGAUUCAAGAGUACUUAGAGAUGCUAUAGCAAGGCAUAAUGGAUUCAAAGUCCCAACUGGUAGUUAUUAUUUAGUUGAUGUUGGUUAUACAAACAGUAGAGGUUUUCUAGCACCGUAUAGAGGUUCAUGCUAUCAUGUGCAGGAGUGGACACAAGGAAAUCGUGCACCUCGUAACUCCAAAGAGAGUAUGGACGUUGAUCCUCUAGAGGAGUCAAUUGACGAUGGUGAUCAGAUGCUGACAGUUGAAGGUACCAUAAAUGAUGUGGAGACGAUUGACUGUGUCGACAGUAACCCUGAGUGGAAUCUGUGGCGAGAUACUCUUGCCCAUGAAAUGUUCAAAGAGUGGAGAAGCGAGCGUACCACCUAG